AUGACCACCGAGCCCCCGGAAGAGGCUGAGGCCACGAACAACCCCCCAGAUGGCCUUCCCAGUGCCUGGCUGGACUACCAGGCUGACUACAGCCCCGAGGAGCCCUCAGUAGAAGACCCCGACCCCGCCUUCGAGGAGGAGGCGUGGGGAGAAGAUGAGGGGCAGGCCGCCCCGGAGAGGGCCACCUCCCAGGCCUUGUCCACCUCGGGGGACCCAGAGCAGGGAGAAGCGGGGGCCGGCCAGAGCCAGGAGAAGCUCACGGAGAUCACCACCAUCCUGUCUCCCAGCCGGCACAUAUUCGUGGGUUUCCAGAACCCCGUGUGGGACUUGCUGGCCGAGAACACCCGCAAGAUGAGAAGCCGCACGGUGUCCCCCAGCGACUCGCAGACGGAAGGCAAGGCCGCCGGGGAGGCCCCCGAGGGCCCGGCCGAGGCCGCUGCCACCCCCGAGGCCGAGGCCCCCGCGGCCCCCGCGGCCCCCGAGCCCCCCGAGGCCCCCGAGGCGCACCGCGCGGAAGGCCAGCCCUCCGGGGACGCGGCCGCCCCGUCCACCCCGCCCACCCCGCCCGCCAGCGGCCCGGGGAAGGCGGAGGACGCCAGGACCGCGGCCUCGGAGGCGCCGGGGGCGGUGGGGAAGGACGCGGUGGAGGCGGCGGGCCUGGCCUGGCCGUGCGCGCCGUCGGGGGGCGCCGCGGGCAGCGCCCCUGCCUCGCCGGGCCAGGAGCAGGCGGCCCGGGUUCGCCGGCCGCUGAACCCCAACCUGUACGGGGCGGACGAGGAGAACAGCUACAUGCGCUCCAUGACCAGCCUGCUGGGCGGCGGCGAGAGCAGCAUCAGCUCGCUGGCCGACAUCCUGGUGUGGUCCGACAGCUCGUCCGUGGGGCUGGGCAUGGGCAUGGCCACGGCGCUGCUGGCCUCCGGGCGCAGCAACCCGGCCGACCUGCUGUACGGCGCGGGCCCGGGGAUGCGCACCGUCUCCAGCAUCCUGAGCAGCGCCAGCUCCGUCAUCUCGUCGGGCCUGGCGUCGGGGACCAGCCUGGCCAUGCGCUCGCUCACGCACGCGCUCGAGUCCGUGGAGCGGCGCACGGUGGAGGGCAUCCGCACGGCCGUGCGCUACCUCACCAGCCGCCUGAGCGCGCGCUGGGCGCAGGCCGGGCCCGAGGCCGACUAG